AUGGCAUCAUCAGCUUUCAACAACACUGUUUCUGGAGAGCCCAACAAGACCACAGGGCAAUUCCACUCCACCAAAGGAAACGUAGUCGAAGCUAUCGGCAACGUAACCGGGGCCACAUCGUGGCAGCAGUCCGGAAAAGAAGAGCACGCCGCUGGCGAGGCCGAGUACAAAGCUGCCCAGGCCAAAGGAUACGCCGAAGGGACCACCGACCGGAUCAGUGGCAAGAAAGACUCAAUCGUCGGUGCCAUCACUGGUGACAAGUCUCAGCAAGCUGCAGGAAAUGCUCGACACGAUAAAGGUCAAGCUCAACAGGAGAUCAACAAGAAUACCUGA